AUGGAUGAAAUGCGGCGUAUUCGGAAGGCUUUAAUUGCAAAAUCUGCGGGGUUGGUGGCAGUGUUGUAUGCUUAUAUGCUUUUCAUUUUACCGAAAGCUAGAGAAAGGACACCUAGGAUCUACUAUGGUCCACCGUCCGAAAGAGAUAGUGUUAGACAGUGUAAUCUUAGUUAUCUACCACACGGAUCCACAAACUGUUUGAAUCAACUUAGAAUGAUGAGGGCCCCAUUUUUCCAACUAUGUAACUUGUUCCGUGAUAGAGCUCUUUUGCGUGAUAGCAUACAUAGUUCGGUCGAAGAACAAGUUGCCAUGUUUCUACUGGUUGUAGGCCAUAACCACAGAUUUCGAGCUUUGCAGCCCACCUUUAGAAGGUCCAUAGAAACUAUUAGUAGAUACUUCAGGGAAGUAUUGUAUGCUGUUGGUGAGCUACGAAAUGAGAUGAUCACUGCCCUCACAACUCAGACUCAUAUGAAAAUCACAACGAACCCAAGAUUCAACCCUUAUUUUAAGGAUUGUAUUGGUGCAAUAGAUGGAACUCAUGUUGACGCUCGAGUUCCAUCAGCAAUAUCUGCUGCCUUUAGGGGUAGGAAGGGUGUCCCUACACAAAAUGUUAUGGCUGCGGUGGACUUCGAUCUUAGAUUUACCUAUGUUCUCGCCGGGUGGGAAGGUUCUGCACACGAUGCACUGAUACUAGCCGAUGCCUUGGAAAAGGAUGAUGGCCUUAGUGUCCCCGCAGGGAAGGACUACCUUGUUGAUGCUGGAUAUGCGGCUAGACCAGGGUUCCUUCCACCUUUUCGUGGGUGUCGCUACCACUUGAGGGAGUAUAGUAGAAGAAACUAUCCUCAUGACAUGAGAGAGUUGUUUAACUUGAGACACUCUUCUCUUAGAGUCACGGUGGAAAGGGCUUUUGGGGCUCUCAAAAAUCGAUUCAAAAUACUUUAUAAUAGACCUUUCCAUCCAUACAAGACCCAAGUGAAGCUCGUCCUUGCUUGCUGCAUUCUGCAUAAUUGGAUUCUACAGUUCGGUCAAGAUCCUCACAUUCCAGAAGAGGAGGAGUUGGAGGACUCUUCUGAUAAGGAGGACGAUGACUUAGAGGAGGACAACAUAAGUACUGCUCAAUAG